AUGAAAAAUCUUAAAUCUUUAAUCAUUUUUGAAUAGAAAGAAAAUUAAAUGAGUCUCAAAAUUACUGAAGAAAUUCAAGAAUCGCAAACAGAACAAGCGAAUACAGCCGAAAAAAAAGAAAUCUGGACUAUAGAAUAUUUAUGUGAUAGAUUUUCAUUAAUGAAUAAAUUCGUUGAAGAUGCAAUUGUUGAUAUUGCUAAGACUAUAGCGCUUGAGUUACAUCAGCAGAAUAUUUAUAUUGCUGUGUAUCAAGACGUGAUUACGAAGUGUCACAGCUUACAAGAAGAAUGCGCGUUUUAUACUUGGCUUGAUGAAGACAAGUUAUAUAAAUAUUUUGAAAAUCGAGUUGUCGAAGCGCUUAAGAAUAAUAAUUAUUAUAAUGUUAUAUAUCAUCACACGCACGAAUCGCGACAAGCUCAAGAGCUUGAUAAUACUGCAGCUUAUCAAGAAUUUGCUGAAAACUUGAAAUCUCGCUAAUCCCUGACUGACGCGCAGCCACGGCUGCUUGUCGGUUCUUUUUUUUAACAAUUUUCAAGAAAAUUCUCAAAAAAAUGA